CAGAUACUACAAAUAAUUUUUGUGUGUUAGUCAAAUUAUUUUUAAGUUUGUAUCUAUUAAUUUUAUUGUGUUGUAAAAUCAGUGCAUUAUGGAUUUUCAAUUGAAAAAACCUAGUUUGUUACUAAUACGACUAGGACAAGUAGAAAAUAGUACUUCUGUCAAUCAGAGUCAAAUGUCUUUAACUCAUAAUCCUAAAGCUAUUAUAGAAGAAAAUAAUAUAGUUAAUAAAGAAAUAUGUCAAAAAACAACACAUACCAAGAUAGAAAAUGAAGAAUUAUUAAACAAAAAUCAUCUGGAAAAAAAUGGAAAUUUUUCAUUAAAAGAUUUACAUUGUUCAAGCACUCUUAAUCAGGUAGAUAAAGUUAAUGAAGAUAACUUUAAUGUUUUACUCGGUGAUAACAGAGGGAUUGAUAGUGCUUUUAAAAUUAAUGAUAGAGGCUUAUUGAGCAAAAUUUAUAACGAAAAGUCAUGUGUCACAAAUAAUAUCACAACUAUAAAUAAAAAAAUUGCACAUCUUAAAACUGAUAUUUCAAAUUUAGAAAAAAUUGACUAUGAUAUAUUAGAAAAAGUAUUCAAUAUUUUUACAAAUUUACCAGAAAGUAUAGCUAUUAAUAUUCCUGGACUUCGAGAUGCAACAUCAAUAUCACGAAUUAAAAAAAUUCGUCAGAAAAUAAAAAAUAAAUUAAAUAGUGCAAAAAUUCAAUUAAAAAAACAACUAGAAAAUUCUAAGUUGAUUGGUCAAAAUUAUUCUACUACUAUAACAGCUACAUUAAAUGAGAAACAAAAACAUAAUUUAGAUAGUAAUAUUAUUCUACCUGUAGAGUUUACUACAAACCAAAUAAUUGAAUCAGAAUGUAUGAUUGAUAAAUUAAUAUCAUCAAAUUUAAAAUUAAAAGAAAUAAAUAAACAUAGUUCAAUAACAGUUGAUUCAACAACUAAUCUAUCUAACUUUAUUCAAGGAAAAAAUGUUGAUUUGUAUCUUUCUGAUUCUGAAAAAAACAUAAACAUCAAUAAAGAAACAAAUUCAUUGAGAGAAAAGAAACUUUUUGCUGAAGACAAUGUUUUAAAAAAUACGUGUAGACUAUCAACUAGAAAUAUUGAGCAUCAGUAUUUGAAAAAAGAAUUAUCAUCUAUUGAAUUUAACAGAACAGAUUAUGAACAUUCAUCUAAAUUAAAAAUGGUUUUCAAAAAAACAUUUGGCCUUCACACUUUUCGUGUUAAUCAACUUAAUGCUAUGAAUGCAGCAAUGCUUGGACAUGAUUGCUUCAUAUUAAUGCCAACUGGAGGUGGUAAAUCAUUAUGUUACCAAUUACCUGCUGUUAUAUCCAAUGGUCUUACUAUUGUUAUAUCUCCACUCAAGUCCUUAAUUUUAGAUCAAACUCAGAAAUUGAAGUCAUUAGACAUACCAACAGCACAUUUAUUAAGUGAAAUUACAAUUGACGAAGAACAAACCAUUUUAUCAAAACUUAGUGUAGCUAAUCCAGAAUUAAAAUUGCUUUAUGUGACUCCUGAAAAAAUAGCAGCCAAUCGGAAACUUAUUGAAGUAUUAAAUCAUUUAUAUAGUAGAAACUUAUUGUCUCGUAUAGUUAUUGAUGAAGCUCAUUGUGUUUCUCAGUGGGGUCAUGAUUUUAGGCAAGAUUAUAAAAAAUUAGGGAUCUUCAAACAAUAUUACCCCAAUGUUCCUAUUAUGGCAUUAACAGCUACAGCCACUUUACGAGUUCGUGAAGACAUUUUACACCAAUUAAAUAUGCAAUAUACUAAGUGGUUUAUAUCCAGUUUUAAUCGGACUAAUCUCAUUUAUGAAGUUCAUGCCAAAACUGGUAAAUCUACUUUGAUAGAAAUAUGUCAAUUAAUAAGCUCUAAAUUCAGUUUCCAGUCUGGUAUAGUUUAUUGCUUAACCAAAAAAGAAUGUGAUGAUACAGCUACUAUGAUGGUUCAGUAUGGUAUAAAAGCUUCUAGUUAUCAUGCAGGUUUAAGUGAUAAAAAACGUAAAGAAAUUCAAAUUCAAUGGUCUUCAAAUAAAAUUAAAGUAGUUUGUGCUACUAUAGCUUUUGGAAUGGGUAUUGAUAAACCCAAUGUUCGUUUUGUAAUACAUUAUUCCUUACCUAAAUCUAUUGAAGGUUAUUACCAAGAAUCUGGAAGAGCUGGUAGAGAUGGAGAUAUAUCAUAUUGCUUAUUAUUUUAUAAUUAUUCAGAUAAACACAGAAUUCAGAAACUUAUUGAAAUGGGUCGUGGAGCUACAUAUGAAACAAAAAAAGUUCAUUUUCAAAAUCUAUAUAGAAUUGUAUCAUUUUGUGAGAAUAAAACUGAUUGCAGACGUGCCCUUCAGUUGAAUUAUUUUAAUGAAAAAUUCAAUCAAAAAGAUUGCAUUGCAAACAAAGAAACUGCUUGUGAUAAUUGUAGAAAUAAGAAUUCUACCAAACUUAUUGAUGUUACAAAAGAUGGUGUUACUAUGGUAAAACUAAUUGAGACAGUUAGUAAACAAAAGGGUCAUUUACCUACUAAUUUCACAUUUACAUAUUUUGUUGAUAUUUUUAAAGGAAACAAAAAUCCUAAAAUUUUGUCAUCUGGUCAUGAUCAACUCACCACUUUUGGAUUCUUUAAACAUUGGGAGAAACAAGACAUUGAACGUCUUUUGCAUAAAUUAAUUCUUGAAGGAUAUUUGCGAGAAGAAAUGGUAGCUUCUAAAUAUAAUAUUGUAAAUUCAUACAUUCAUGUUGGCAAUGAAGCAAAUAAUCUUAUUAAUGGACUUGUUAAUAUAAAUAUGGUGUUUAAUACCAGUAAAAUAACAGAAAUUCAAAUUAAAAAUAUUAAACAAACUACUGACAAUUCUCUUAUUAAAGAAAUCCAAGAAAAAUGCUGUCAGGAUCUUAUGGAUGUAUGUCGUGGUCUAGCAGCUUCAUUAAAUAUCAAUCUUAAUGCUGUGAUGUCUAUGCAAACAAUCCAUAUGAUGUCAAUAGUUCUACCUAGAAAUGAAGAAGAAAUGUUAAAUAUUGAAGGUGUGACUAAGUCAAACUUUGACAAAUUUGGCGAACCACUUUUAGAAAUAACAAAAAAAGCCGCAGAUGAAAAAUUAUCUGUAGAAAUUGCUGAAACAAUUGAGAAACAGCAACAAUUAGAUCAUGUUGAACAAAGUAAUAAUGAUCCAUGGAAUAGUUUUAAGGAUAGCAAUUUUUGUUCAAUCAUGACAGAUAAAAUGAUGGAAAGUAUGAAGCAUUCAAGAUGUAAAAGGAAAUCUAUAUUGUCUGGUAAUAGAAAAAAACGAUUUAAGAAAACUAAAAAGAAAAUUAAUAUGAAAAAUAAAAGUAAUAUUAGUAUGGCUAAAAUUCGAAAAACAGCUCUAAGUAUUAAUGCAAGAAUACGUCCUUCAACUACAAAACCAGGUUUUUUACCAAUUCCACAACCACAUGAUAAAUAACUUACAUUUAUUUAAAAAUUAUUAUGUAUUUAUUUAUUUAUUUUAUAAUAAUGUUUAGUAAUCAAUAGAAAAAAGAAAUAAAAAAUUACAAGUAGAA